AUGAUACUUCCCGAAGCUGGCCUGGCCGGUGGUGAUAUCCCGGAUGUGGACGCCGAUAUCAAAUCUUUUCCCACAAGUAUACAAUUGGUUCCCGAAGAGGUCUUGUCAAGAAUAUGCAAAGGACCUCUAAGGGCGUUUCUUCAGGACUGUCGAGAUGAACAGCAGGUCAAAUGUGUGUGGGAUUCAUUGUUCCUUACUUUCUCCACCAGAUCUGUUUCGAAGGGACAGACACAGGCGGCAUGCAAUGCGGUAAUCCAUUUUCUGGAGACUGCAUCAUCCUCAAGCAUACCCUCAACAAAGGAUCUGGCGUACUCAGACCAGAUAUGGUUGGCUGUAUUUGAAGUAGUUCUGACCAGAUUCGACGACACUACGCCCAAGCCAAUGAAACAGGUCCUCAGCGGUCUUUUCAAGUUUCUUAAAAGACACCCAGAUACCGUUGAGACUCGCCGGAUACAAGUAGGUCUCAUAGACAAAAUGAUGCCUAGUAUCAUACUAGCAGACCCGAGAUCUCGACUAAAGUCUUCUCUUGUUGCAUUGGAGAGACUUCUGCGGGAGAGUGGGAUUCCCGUCUCGGCAUUCAUGUCCCUAAUUCACGACUGGCUAAUAGGGCAUUAUGGUGACUGGCAGCCUCUCUAUGCUCAGCACUGUCAAGCCUUAUCGGUUGAUAUAUCGCCAUUCAACGGCACGGGUAUGAGGUACGACGAUGUUCGCAUCGGCGUGAAGCAUAGUGUCUCCACAAUAUUCAGUCUGGCAAUUCUCAUACAUGCAAAAGAGCAAGGAUUUAUGUUGGUAGGUGGAUCCUUGAUGGCAUACUUAUACAAGAAAGCGGGACAAGAGAUCAAAGAUUGUGGACAGAGUUGCUAUCCAAUGAUGAGCUGGAUUCGGCCCAGCAAGCGCAUUAUGUUGGAGAAUAUGGAUUGUUUGGAACUAUUCUCUAGGUCUAUACUUCUCCCGCUCCUUGAAACAGACAUAAAAGGAUUUCGAGCCUUUAUCGGAGAGUUACCUUUGGACCCAGUACUCUCGGGUAACAUGGAAGGCGACUGGACUGUUGAUGAAUUUAUUCUUCUAUUCUCUGCUCUAGGAGUAGGCAAGAAGAUUGGUUUUGUACACGAGGAUCAAUUCGAGAAGAGAACAGCUGCAACGAGGAACGCCGACGUUGUGGAGGUGCUUAUUCUAAAAAGUGACAUACUUGGGCGCUUCUUACUGUAUAACGAACCCAGAGUAAGAUUGUUAGCUUUAUCACUUCUGACUACCGCACCAGUUCUAUCAAAGCCCAUUUCUGCAAUUGCCCUGAAGAGUAUAGCAGAAGGUCUCUUUUUUAUGCACGCCGAUUCCGACUCAUAUAUUCGCCAAGAGACAAUGUCUUUAAUGCGCAAACUCAUGUUACGCUUACGAGGACCUGGAGUGCAAAAAGACUUCAUGGAAAAAGAAGGAAAGGAUAGCAAAUUGUUCAUGGAGCGUUACGUUGACUUUCUCGAAAACGAGUUGCUCCCAACCGCUUCUUAUCAACGUCACAUAUCCGCCUUAAAGUCGAUUUCCCUCGUUCUCAAAACGGGUGUUGACCCAAAUGCGCCCAAUGUUCCACAUGAGGACCAGAUGUUGUGGCGGUACAAAGUGAACGUUCUACGACCAAGUCUUUUCCGACUGCUAGUUGAUCUUCUUCUCGACCCAUUUGAAGAAGUACGGGCAACCGCUCUUUACCUCAUUGGUCUAUUUCCAAGUCAUCUGUCUACUGAAGCGGACAAUAACGGGUUCAACGUCGCAGAAAGGCUAGUAACAGCCCUGUUAAGGGCUGAGGCACUAGCUAGUAAGACAAGUAGAGCGGACCAUGCGGACACUGUUGCCAGACUGUACCAUUCUUUAUAUUCUACAGCUAAAGAUGGAAAUAACCCAGAGGCUGCUGAUUCUUGGUUCAGUACAAAGGCUGGCGUCGUAAAUGAGAUAUUACGAAGGCUAGAGGCCAAGCUUUCUCAGGAGACGGGUCCUUUCCAACCGUCUGUUCGAGACGGACCACUUCACGGAUAUACGUCUGCCAUACGGUAUAUCGUAGCGACACCGAAUUUCUAUACUACAAUUUCAGACUCAUCAGACAGACAUAUUUCAUCUUGGCGCACAGUGCAUAAUCGAAUUGUAGCUAUCUGCGAAAAUAUUUGGACGAAGGUCAAGCCUGUUCUUUGCGUCGACUCACCCGAGGGGCAUACAGUCGAGCUUAUAGAUGACUUUAUGGUCGGCCCAAAGGAUCUGUUAUCCUAUUCAUGGCGCGCUCUCAAGGAUUCUAGUAACCUGCUUCAUGCUGUCGUAGCAAACGUGACUUAUGCGCCUCAGAAUGAACAUGAUGGCCUGCGGUGUGCUGAUUUUGAGGCUAUCGGUACUCUGAGUUUCGUUCAGUUAUCAGAACUCAGACAUCGAGGUGCAUUUUCUACUGUUGCCCAGACUUUUGCAGCCUGCUGUCUGCGAUGCGCUGAGAAUGAAAAUCCUGAGAUCUCUGGCCUUCCAGACUUGUGGUAUGAGGACUCUUUGAAAAUGAUUCAGCAUCAAGCUUCCAAGUUAACCAGAAGAUCCGCUGGACUUCCGGCUCUCGUGACCGGAAUAUGUAUCUCCAAAUCUGGAGAUCCGUUAUUUGGAAAGAUUAUGAGCGACCUACAAGAAAUAUCACGUGUGCCAGCAGUGCAAACAUCUAGCUACAACGAGCUUUCUCUACCUCAAGUUCACGCAAUGAAUUGCCUUAAGGACAUUCUCGCGAACGCUAAGUUAGCGUCGUCCGCGGAGAGUUAUAUCAUGGAUGUUCUGAGGCUUGCUGCAGAUUCUUUAAGCUGCCCAAUUUGGGCUAUACGAAACUGUGGACUCAUGCUCUUUCAUGCUUCGAUGAAUAGGAUGUGCGCGCGGCGCCCAGGAGUACCAUUUGGAUUUGGUGGUGCUUCAGGUGUAGAGUCAAAUAUGACACUUGCUUUCCCCAAAUAUGAAGGACUAACUCAGCUUCUGGCUCAGUUACUUGCCUCCGCAGACGAAGCUCGAUCUGAUGGCAAGGAAUUCGCAAAGGGAGUCUUGGCUUCGAACGAGACUGAAAAGGUGUUCCCUGCCCUGGAGAUUAUUACUGAAAAAGUGCCGUCUACGACCAACGAUGAUGACGACUUGCUACGUGGUCUGGUUUUACGCCAUGUCAAAAGCACUAUAUGGGCCGUCCGCGAGCAGGCAGCAAGAGUAUAUGCCUCUUUGCUGCGUUUCAAUGAUAUGUUGUCGUCGAUCAAUCAAUUGAUCGAUGGUGAUUUGGCAAAGUUGUCUCAAAUACACUUACAUGGGCAGAUGUUGUGUGCUCGAUAUACAUUUCUAAGGGUGUGGCAUUCCAAAUAUUGGCGUGGUAAUGUCGAUGACGUCCUUGCAACUGUGCAAAAGGUAUUUGCGGGAUUCUACCCCUAUAUACGAUCUCCGUUUGGCCAGGCUACGUUGUUCGAUGUUUUAGUAGAUGUGAUUGAGAGCAACAUCGGAUUUGGAAAAGAAGUCACAUCUAAAACAACACGGUUUGUGAGCGAAAUUAUCGAUAACUACUCUCUUGAACACGGUCUAGCAGAAUUACUCAAUUCUGGACCUCAACCUCCAAGCAGGAUAAGUGCAAUGCGAGCCGAAUCCCUACUUCGCCGUUCGCUUAGCUGGUGUUUAAUAUUGAAUAACAAACUGUCUAUGGUCGCAUUUCCUGAAGAAUUAUCACCUACUGGGCUCAUGGGGCCAUUCUUUGAUCUCUCAUCAAGCGACAGUGACGGUGCUUGCUGGAUUUUGGAACGGAUUCCUAUCGUCUUCCCUGGCUAUGAGGGACAAAAGGAAUUCCUCAGUCUUUAUCUACUCGUUCUGCUUCAAAGCUUCCAUGAGGAAGAUGUCAAAGCAAAGGUCGCUUUGAAUCUUGCAGGGAUCUUGGAAGAUGCAUUAGAAAGGGGUAUCCAAGUGGAAUUCCCGAGUAAAUGGGCGCGAGUCUCUGAUCAUCUCUCUAUCCAAGAAGAAGAGAAUAUUUGGAGCCGCGAAUUGACUGAAAACGUUUUACGAUUACAAGGGUCUCUGUUGACAUUGAAAUACAUGGAUGAAGAGAAUUUGAGUUCAACGACAGAAACAAAUGGGGGUCUUGAUUCGCUUGCUGUCCGACGUUGGGCUGUUAACCUUCGAUCUGCGCUGAGCGAAGAGACAGUCUUCUCUGCUCGGUUGUCUGCCAUCAUGUCACUGAAAACAUUCAGUCGAAUACUUCGCAAACCUAACCAGGCAGCUGACGCAACACCUACCUCUCUCGAAAUCUACCUGAUACUGUACGACAUGCUGAAUGACGAUGACGACGAACUUCGUUCUCUUUCAGCACCAAUUGCUUCAUGGGUAGUUUCCCACUCCAAAAUAUUUCCUAACCAAAGAGUUAUGCUGGGAGCUAUGCCCGCGAGCGAAAGUCUUGUGGAGUUUAUAGCUAGCAAUUACGCAAAGCAACCAGCCUUGUUUCAUCAUGUCGUUACGCGCUUGAUGAGGGAGACGUUCCCCAAAAAGAAGCGGAACGAGUUCAAGAGUUUUGAGACGCUAUUUGAGGACUAUUCAAAGGAGAGUAUUGCUCUUUUCGAAGAGGAGAAACAGAACCUGUUCAUUGAUGAUGUUCGAGAAAUCGAUAUCUGGACAAAGGCUUUCAGACACCUCGACAAGUCUGCCUGUGAUCAAACUACUAUAAAAAAGCUUGCAAUAUGGGUGUCAGAUGGCUUGAAGUAUCUCAAUGCCAAAGUAUUAUCAUUGUCGACUAGUGAUGAUCAAGGAGAUAACGUCCUUGGCUGGACAUCAAAACCUGAGGUAUAUACUUUAGGCUGUUUGCUAUUCAGUGUCGCAUCAUUACUCAUUCCUAUUUCUGGGGAAUCAGACACCACUCUUCUUAGAGAGACCUUGGAGAAUAUUCAUGAGAGAGGCAGGAUGAUCUUUCUACAUCCUCAAUGGUUGGAUAGGAUUCAAGCUGCAAUUUCUACUGGUGAAAUGCAUUAG